AUGAGUGACGACAAAAAGGGCAGUCCUGCGUGCGCGCGUGUGUGCAUGUGUGACAGAGCAGGCAGGCGGUCAGCAGAGUGGGCUCAGAGGCUGCGGACAUGGUUCGUGGACUCUCCGAACGGCCGCGGAGAGAUUAACAUCCUGCGACAAUCUGAGAUUAAAGCGACGGAUUCUAAUAUGAACAAAGACGCGUCAUGUCGAUCCGCAGCUUCUCUCAAGUUCACCAUUGACAACAUCCUGAACUUAAAAACCAGCGGAAGCAGCCGUGGGAGCUGCCCUCCCGCCGGGGAGCAGGAUGGAGAGGGUCUCCAGAGCUACAGGGGGGAGAGGAGACCCCCGGAGAGACCGGAGGUCGGAACCAGGCUCAGGCAAACAGAGCUGGCGACGAACGGCAGCGGAGCCGCGGGCUCGGUGAUCAGCGGCCGCGCGGACACGCGCUUCGAGAGCGGAGACAGCAGCUGCGAGGACAGCGGCUCCCCCACCGCAGCCUCCGAGCCCCGCAAGGACGGCAGCCCCGCCAAAAAGAGCAAAGCCGUGACGAAAAAGAAGACGCGCACGAUUUUCUCCAAGAGACAGAUCUUCCAGCUGGAGUCCACCUUCGACAUGAAGCGCUACCUGAGCAGCGCGGAGCGCGCGUGCCUCGCCAGCUCCCUGCAGCUCACAGAGACCCAGGUCAAAAUCUGGUUCCAGAACCGAAGGAAUAAGUUGAAACGGCAGAUCUCCACGGAAAUGGACGGGGGGAGUGAUUUUUCCGACAGUGGGAAGGCCGGGGCGGGGGGGCCGCUGCCCGCCCUGUACAAGGAGAGCAGCCUGCUGGGCAGAUGCCUGGUGCCCGUGCCGCUGCCCGUGGUGUACCCGGGGGGCGGCGCGCCCUACCUCUGCUUCUCCAACGCCAGCAAGUACUUCAGCCUGUACGAGGGGGACGCAUGAUGCUUCCGGGCCGCUGGGACUCACUUCCGGUGAUUUGUUGCCAAGUUUGGAGCGUUUCAUGGAGCAGCCGAAAGUUUUUAUGAACUCUGCAGAAACUUGUUUUUAUACAAACAGACAGUAUUAUUUAUUUUCAUUCCAAGUUAUGGAUUUUGUACAGGCCGGACAUUAAACCUUUGUUUUGUCGAAAACAAAAGAAAACGAGGCCGAAAACAUAU